AUGGAAGUGGUGAGGAGCUGUGACGAGAUCACAGAGGGAGCUGUGCCUGCAGAAAGCGAGGGGAGGGGAAGCUGUGAGCAUGGAGUCCCCCCUUCUCCACAUCCUCGCUCCGGCAGGCUCCAGAGGCAAGGGGGCAGGCUGCUUUCUGGACUGUUGGCUGCCAACAUCCUCUUCCUCGGCGGUGCACUGAUCUGCGGAGGAGUUUUGAGUGAGGUGCCAGUGCAUGAGGACGAGGUGAUGGUGAUGCUCACUGCAAUGAUGGUCUUAGCCGUAGUCUGGAUGGUGGUCUACAUAUCGUGCACAGCCCGUCACCGUACAGCUCCUCUCUACAAGGAUCCCCAUGCAGCGCCGGUGUGGCUGAGAGGGGGGCUACUGGUGCUUGGAGCAUGCAGCGUUCUACAUGACAUCUUCAAGCUUGUCCGUGCUGCCGGAUUUCCUGGCUGUGAGCAUCCGAUUCAAUUCCUCUUCCCCAGUGCUGAGAUCCUGUUUCUGUUCACACAGUCCUACUUUCUCUGGGUCCAUUCCAAAGACUGUGUUCAGGUACAUCAGCAUUUCACCAGGUGUGGGCUGGCCAUUUCCUUGGUCACUAACCUAAUGCUGUGGAUGUCAGCUGCAGCAGAAGAGUCACUCCAUCAUACAGGGGUACAAGGUGAAGUCCCUGAAGACCAAAGUCGAGCCCUCACAGAUCUGCUCUAUCUAGAGCUUUUCAGCGUAUUACAUCCUGAUCCAGAGACCAGUACUGUAUCUCCGUGUUGUUGCCAUUGGGUACACAAUGCUUGUGAGGUGAAUGCUGAAAGGCUCUUCUUCCAUUGGAAGGAGACCCACGGGGCCGUGAAACAUUGCCACCCCGGUGUUGUGUCUGGUGGUAGCCCGGGACACGAGCAGGCUCGGGCACUGAAUAGACUGUGUUCUUCUCCCGCAGAUGCUGCCGGCGAUGGUUGUGUGUGCUCUACCCGUGUCUGCCGCAUCCUCCAGGCCGCCUCUCCCUACUUGUACCCUUUCAACAUCGAGUACAGCUUGCUGUCCUCCGCGCUCUGCUUUGUGAUGUGGAGGAACGUGGGCAGAGCUGGCGGCGGGCGGGCGGCAGCCGAGCUGAAGCCGGCCCGGGGCAGUGCGGGUGCGGGUCCGGGCCCGGCGCUGGGAGCCGGCGUGCUACUGGCGGGUCUGGUGGUCUCCAUCGUGUAUCAGGUGGAAGUGAAGGAGGCGAGGACGCGGAGCCGGGCCCUGCUCACCUACUACACCUUCCACAGCGCGGCCCUCGCCCUCAUGUCCGCGGCCUGUGUGCUGGGCUCAGCUUCUCUGUUGCCGGCGGCGGGCACUGGCUCUCACGGCCGGGGCCCGGCGGGGAGUCUAGACCAGGGGCUGUUGCUGGGGGCGGCCGCGGGCCCGCUGCUCACCUGCUACUUCAGCCUGGUGGCGGUGGUGUGGAGCCGGCGGCCUGGGCCGUUACACGCACUCAGUCUGGUCUUCUCGCUGCUGAGUGUCGCCCAACACUCGCUCCAGAACCUCUUCAUCCUCGGGGCUCUGCGCUGGCCGGCGGCGCUGGAUGCCGGGCCCCCUCUCCGUCCCGACUCUGCCUCCCACCCUUCCCUAGAAGCAGCGCUGGACGCCGGGCCCCCUCUCCGUCCCGACUCUGCCUCUCUAUCCUUCCCCCAGGCCUCGCUGAGCGCCGGAUUCCCCCUCCCACCCGCCUCUACCUCCCACCCCUCCCCACAGACUGCGCCGGGACCUUCCCUCCCGAGAACUUCAGCCCCGACUCCCCGGGACCCGGCCGGUGGUGUCAGUGUCCCGGGGACCGUCGCCGCCAGCAGCCCCGAGAGCCGGCAGCGUCCACACCCGCCGCUGGGCGCCCGCCGCCGGUUGCUGAGGGAGGUCUCCUCGUUUCUGCUGCUCUGCAACAUCCUUCUUUGGGCUGUGUCUGCAUUUGGUGCUCGGCCACACUUUGCCAACGACAUUGAGGAGAAGUUCUACGGCUUCCAGACGUGGGCCGCCAUCGUCAACACGGGCCUGCCCUUGGGAAUCUUUUACAGGAUGCACUCAGCUGCCAAUCUCUUGGAGAUCUACCUCAGAUCCUGAAGUACAACUCAGACCCUCUCCUGAAAUGACCUUCCACCUUCAGUCAAACCUUGGGGUCGUUUGUUUGUCACCAAAUAGUAUGUGAACGGGAUCUUUCAUGUAGGUAGAACCGCCUCAGUGAAUUCCCACCAAACCCCCAUUCUUACCCUCACCCUAACAAGCCCUCAUCCCCUUACCCCAAUGACACCUUGCCCUCUAGGUUUCCUUACUCCUACCUACCUUGCCCUUCACUCUAACAGGAACAUGCAUUCCUUGAUCUCCCACUAUCACACUUUUAAAGUCAUCUCACUUUCUGGUUGUCCACUUGCCUACAAA